GCCAGUUCCACCGCCGGCCCCCGAUGCUGGGGAUGCUCUGCAACCACGACGACGUGGCCCGCUUCGUGCCGACGACCGCCUUCUGCUCCCUGGAGGCCGAGGCCGACCGCGGGCACUGGUGCGCGCUGGACGCACGCCAUGGCCGCGUACUCCUCAGCGCCGGGAAGGGCAUGGGCAUCCACGUCCACCUCGUGGUCUGGGACCCCAUCACGGACGAGGAGCGGAUGCUUCCCUUGCCGGCGCAGUGUUCGGCCGUGUCGAUCUGGUGGACCGCGGCGGUUCUAUGCGCCGACGCUGCCGCCGCCGGCGCCUGCGACCACCUUGAUUGCCACCGCCGACACUUUGUCGUGGUUUUGUUGGGCUGUGUCUUGCAUGGCCCGGAUGCAGGGCAAUGCUUCGUCUGCACCUACGCAUCCAAAACUGCUGCCUGGACUGAGCCAAUGUACACUGAGCAGCAGCCUGAUUCCCUCGUCGUUUCCAUGGUAAGCGCACUCGUGGGGAAUGCGCUCUACUUUAAGGAAUUGUUUGGAAGCAGAGUUGUCAAGUACAAUCUGGAAUUGCAUCAAGUAUCAUUGAUUGUGCUACCAUCUUCAAUACCCCAUUGCUACCAGUCUGAUGUGCUCAUAGCAACCGAGAACGGUGAACUGGGGCUCGCCAUUAAUCAAGGGUCCAAACUCUGCUUCUGGUUGAGGAACCAGCUGGAUGAUGCUUGUAAAGUACGUGAUGAAUGGCAGAAACCAAGCAGAGACAUUGAGUUUAAGACGCUGCUCCCUGCUGAUGCUGCCUUGUCCAAACUUUAUCUGGUUGGCGCCGCAGAAGGUCUGGGUAUCAUUUUUGUGAGGGCAGAUGAUGUUGUCUACACAAUUGAUCUAAAGACAUAUAAGGUGAAGAAGGUAUACGAAGGAGAAAUCAAAUCCAUUGUUCCAUACAUGAGCUUCUACACUCCAGCAUUGGAAGCAGCAUGUACAGGUGGUGAGGGACCAAGCGUGGGUGGUUCAAAUGCAUGAAAGUUUAAUAAUGUGCUAAUGUGAGAGGUUCUGGAACAAGGGAAUACUAGGUGGCAGCAAUGCUAAGUAGCAUGAGAUCUAUGGUGGGACAACACAUUUUACAUUAUUGAGAUUGGUGCUGGUCUUCAGCUUUUGUGUUGUUUAUAAGCCGAGUUCCCUCCGCUACAAAAAGAGUGCAAUUAUUUUUUUUCAA